CCCUGUGGUCCCGCGGCCCUUAUAGUUCCGGUUGUGUUGCCCGGGCGGAAAGUUGAAGCGGACGGACUGUGGCCGGCGAUGGGCUUGGGCAUUUCACUAUUUAUAGCUUGUUUUCUGCAUUCUGACUGGGCUCGCUUGGAUUCUGUUCACCAUGCCAACAGUGGUGGUGAUGGACGUGUCCCUCUCCAUGACUCGGCCUGUGUCAAUCGAGGGGUCUGAGGAAUACCAGCGGAAGCACCUUGCAGCCCAUGGGUUGACAAUGCUGUUUGACCACACGGCCACAAACUACAAGCUUGAAUUCACAGCAUUAGUGGUUUUCUCAUCACUUUGGGAGCUGAUGGUCCCCUUCACAAGAGAUUAUAACACCCUGCAGGAAGCACUGAGUAAUAUGGACGAUUAUGACAAGACAUGCCUAGAGUCAGCACUGGUUGGUGUCUGUAACAUUGUUCAGCAAGAAUGGGGCGGUGCGAUCCCUUGCCAGGUCGUUCUGGUGACGGACGGCUGUCUCGGCAUUGGUAGAGGGUCCCUGCGACAUUCCCUAGCGACACACAAUCAAAGGAGCGACAGCAACAGGUUCCCGCUGCCUUUCCCUUUCCCGUCUAAGUUAUACAUCAUGUGCAUGGCAAACCUGGAAGAGCUUCAGAGCACCGAUUUCCUGGAAUGCCUUGAAGGUCUCAUAGACCUCAACAAUGGUGAAGGGCAAAUUUAUUAUGAUGGCCCCCUGUGCUUGAAAAACGUGCAGUCUAUGUUUGGAAAGCUGAUAGACCUGGCAUAUACGCCUUUCCAUGCUGUGCUCAAGUGUGGCCACCUGACCGCUGACGUCCAGGUCUUCCCCAGGCCAGAGCCAUUCAUUGUAGAUGAAGAAAUCGAUCCUAUCCCAAAAGUCAUUAACACAGAUUUGGAAAUUGUGGGGUUUAUUGAUAUAGCUGAUAUUUCCAGUCCCCCAGUUCUGUCCAGACAUCUCGUCUUACCUAUUGCCCUUAACAAAGAGGGUGAUGAGGUGGGUACCGGUAUCACUGAUGACAAUGAAGACGAAAAUUCAGCCAAUCAGAUUGCAGGCAAAAUACCCAACUUCUGCGUCCUGCUCCAUGGCAGCCUGAAAGUGGAAGGAAUGGUGGCGAUAGUUCAGUUGGGUCCCGAAUGGCAUGGAAUGCUUUACUCCCAAGCCGACAGCAAGAAGAAAUCAAACCUCAUGAUGUCUCUCUUUGAGCCUGGCCCAGAACCUCUCCCAUGGCUGGGGAAGAUGGCACAACUGGGUCCUAUCUCAGAUGCUAAAGAAAACCCUUACGGUGAGGAUGACAAUAAGAGCCCAUUCCCCCUGCAACCCAAAAACAAACGCAGCUAUGCCCAGAAUGUGACUGUCUGGAUCAAACCCAGUGGCCUACAGACAGAUGUACAGAAGAUCUUAAGAAAUGCAAGGAAACUCCCUGAAAAAACACAGACAUUCUAUAAGGAGCUGAACCGAUUACGAAAGGCUGCCCUGGCCUUUGGCUUCCUGGACCUGCUCAAGGGCGUGGCAGACAUGCUAGAGCGGGAAUGCACACUGCUGCCUGACACGGCGCACCCCGAUGCCGCGUUCCAGCUCACCCACGCCGCCCAACAGCUCAAGCUGGCUAGCACCGGCACCUCUGAGUACGCCGCGCACGACCACAACAUCACCCCGCUGCACACAGACUUUUCGGGGAGCAGCGCAGAGAGGAUGUGAGGCCUGCCUUGGACCUUCCUUGCCUAGCUCCUAUUUGAACAGAAAAGCCUUUCCCGUGUGGU